AUGGGCUGCAACAACUCAACACUGGAUGGCCUCCCAGCGGUUGCACUGUGCCGUGACCGUUGCAGAUUCGUAGAGGAAGCUCUCCGACAAAGCUACGCCGUGGCAGAUUCACACGCCGCACACAUCCACUCCCUCAACACUCUUGGCCCCGUUCUCUCCCUUUUCUUCCGUCAAUUUCACCACUCAGAUGACAAAAAGGAGUUCAACCCAACUCGUUAUGAUUCUUCACCAUCACCAUCACCAUCACCAUCACCAUCCCCCCCUCCUUAUGUAAACUAUGCGCCCUCACCUCCUCCCCCCACCAACUCAGCAUGGGACUUCUUGAACUUUUUUGAAAGUUUUGACAAAUACCAAAUGCCUUACAGCCCCACGCGUGAGCAUCCCCCUCCGGAGAAGGACACAACUAAUUUUGAUUCUGUUUCCCGUGGAGAGCCAUUGAAGUCAAAGGAACAUACCCACUCUGAUUCACCCAAAGGUUUAUCAGAGGCGAUGAAAGAGAUUCAGACUCUAUUUCAGAGAGCAUCCCGUUCCGCCAACCCCGUUUUGGAAUUGCUUGACGUCGGCAAACUCCGUUAUCAUCGUAAUAUAGCCGUUAAUCCUGAUCCUUGCACGAUGAUGCAUACCUUUUCUCCCUCAAACCCCCUAAACUGCAUGGAAUCCUCGAGAAUGUAUGAAGGAGUUGACAUGCACAAGGGCCUUAGGCGUGCGAAUCUUAGCUCUACUCUCUACAAGCUGUGUAUAUGGGAGAAAAAGCUCUACGACGAAGUCAAGGGUGGGGAGAAAUUGCGCAUGCUUCACGAGAAGAAGUGUAGGCAGUUGAGACGUGUGAAUAAAAGGGGUGCCGAUGCUCACAAAGUUGGUUCUGUUGAAACUCUCAUUGCGAUUCUAGCUACAAAAAUCAAAAUUUCUUUCCAAGUAGUUGACAACAUAUCUACCACCAUUUGUAAGUUGACGGAGGAGGAGUUAUGGCCGCAGAUUAACAAUUUCAUUUUCAGGUUUCUUGGAAUGUGGAAAGAAAUGCUAGAAUGUUACAAAUGCCAGUAUAAGGAAAUUGCCGAAGCCAAGAGUAUAGAUGUGUCUUCUUUCAGCAGAAAGCUGAGCAAUUCUCAUCUUGAUGAAGUAAUAAAUCUCAAAUCUGAGAUACAGAACUGGAAUUUAAGCUUCUCAGAUUGGAUUUACGCCCAAAAGUCCUUUGUGAAAGCCUUGAAUGGUUGGCUAAUGAGAUGCCUACCGUAUGAACCUGAAGAAAUACUUGAUGGGAUUGGUCCCUUCUCUCCUGGAAGGAUUGGUGCACCGCCUGUGUUUGUGGUCUGCACCAAAUGGUCACAGGCAAUGGAUGUUCUCUCAGAGAAGAAUGUGAUUGAAGCUGUAAAUGGAUUUAUGGUCAAAGUGAAUGAGCUCUUGGAAAAACAUGUUUCAGACCAUCAGCAAAACUUAACAGUGGAUAAGGAAUUAGAGAGAAAAGUGAAAAUCUUGGAGAGGCAGGAGCAGAAGAUGCACAAAGUGGUUCAGUCUCGAGAAAGAAAAAAGAUUCCAAAUGCCAGAGAGGAUAAUGAUGUCCUGUUACGAGGGGAUGGUGAUGUUGUUGAUAUACUGAGCUUCCAGUCAGGUCUAAAACAUAUAUUUGCUGCCAUGGAGAGGUUCACUACCACCAUUGCUUGUGCAUAUGAACAAUUGUGCCAGCAAAUUGACGAAGACAACCACCGUUUGGGAUAA